CAGGCGACCGAAUAGCAGCAGCGGUAACUCUGCUGCAGUGCAUCAGGUACUCUCCAUAGUAGUGUUGUAGUCUGGCAGGCUCUCCCGAGGCAGCAGCAUCACCAUGAUGGACCACUUUGAAAAUGCGCCCCAGUUCCAGAAAAGUGGCGCCGAACAAGUGUCGUUCGAAAAACAGGAACUGCAAAAUCAGAGGAACGAAAUGCUCUUCUGCAGAUACUGGAAGCCCAAAGGAAAUCCAAGAGCAGCUGUAAUGCUGAUGCAUGGUUAUGCAGAGCACUUGAGGUGGUACCACGAUGUUGGAGUCGGAUUGGCAAACGAGGGCUUUCUUGCUUUUGGACAUGACCAUAUUGGCCAUGGUCGAAGUGGUGGUGAUAAGGUGAUUAUAGAGGACGUGGAGCACAUGGUCGAUGACGUCAUGAUUCACGCCCAAGCCAUUCGUGACCACUACCCUGAAGUGCCCCUAUUCUUCGUUGGGCACAGCAUGGGCGGUCUUGUUGCCUUUUUGUCAGCGAUGAGGAGCCCACCUCAAUUAAAAGGGGUGGUGCUCAAUGGACCCUUCCUUAUGCUUGGAAAGGACGUGAGGUCGCCUAUUCGUAAAUUUGCUGCCAGAACUCUUUGCAAAAUCCUGCCCUCUUUACAGGUAGGUAAAUUAAAAAUGGACCACGUGACGGGAGACAAGGAAAUGAUCGAGGUGAUUAUGAAAGACCCACUGUGGUGGACAGGUGGGGUCAAACUGAAAACGGGCACCGCCCUGCUUAACUCCGUUGAGAAAGUCCACGAAAAGUUCCCACUGUUUGACGUGCCUUUUUUGAUAAUACACGGUGCGACUGAUAAGAUUUGCGACGUCGAGGGAUCGCAAGACCUGCUCAAACAGUCUCCCUCCAAAGAUAAGCAAAUCAAGUUGUAUGAAGGUGCCGAACAUCACCUUUACAUUGAUAAAAAGCCAGUGAGGGAAGCGGCCAUCAGAGACACCGUCCAGUGGGUGUGCGAGAGAGUUUGAGGAAAAACCGCUUCGCAGAAAAAGAGGAGAGAAAGUUCCUCUUAAAUGAUAAAAAAAAAUGCUUACGAUAUUUGAAGCAAACAAAGGCUGAGAAAAAAAUUGUUACUAUAAAGCAACUUCGUAAUAUUUUUUCAAUAAAAAAUGUUAUUUAACUUUUUGUGGAA